AUGGAGUAUCGCAACAAAGCAGUCCUCCGCAGACUCAAGCGCCAGCGGAGCGUUUGGGAUUUGGCCUCUGAGAAGCGAGCGGGAAUGGCCCCGGCGGUGGGAGACGGUGCAGACCAAGAGCUUAAACCCCGAGACUCAUUGGCGCUUUACGGCAGCUCACAGACACAGCACAACAAUCAGCGAAAGGGUCGAUUGCACAAGGCGAGUCUCCAUCUCCGACAGUCCAUCUCCGAUCUUGAGAUCCCCAACAAACUCCACCAAGUCAUCCGCCGGACCAGAUCACUCGACGAUCAGCAUGCAGCCGGGGAGACAACGGCACACAAAGGGACAUUCGGACCGCGCCUGCGCAAAUCCAUCUCCAACCUCGCCCAUGUGAUACGUCUGAACGGAGCGGGACAGCGCGGUUGCAGCCCGGCACAAGUGUCGUCCAAACAACGAACGUCCGCCGCCGAACCAGCGUUCUGGGAGGCAUACAGAGAGCGACUUCGACAUCAAAACGAAAUGGAAAUCGCCAACGAAGCCAUGAGGAUCGCACACACUUACGAUGACGACAACGGCUUGCAAAUGCGUCGGCCACCUCAAGUCCACGAGAAGACUCUCGGCGUGCUCGAAGGACGCAUCACACCAUUGAGUCCGGUGGUGAGCGAAGCGACGACUUUCUCGUGGUCUGGAGAUCGACUGGCCAACAUCCACGACUUCGUGGGAUUGCCACCACCGGCACUUUGCUUUCUGGCCGCCGACUUCUAUCAAAUGUUGCCGUCGGCUUUGCCGAACGACACCGAGAACUUCGAAUGGGCCGGCGAUCAGUGGAGGGAUUUCCGUCGCUUUGUCGUAGCUGCUGAGAGCCAAGAGAAGAUGGACUUCCAACGUCAUCUCACCCCGCCGACCAUCUUCGAGUUUGACGAUUACAAUGACUUCCACGGCCUCGGGGCCAGUGCAAGCACUGCGGCAUCGUAUUUCACCAACGAGUGGUCCCCCGAAUCAAUCAUGACAGUCGGAACCGCAGCCACCACCCCUCCCAAAUCGCCGCCCAAGAUCCGGGAGAUUGGCCCGGCUCUUCUGCCACGGGUGCGCCCUCAGGACCAGCAGAUCAACGCCAGCUCCGACCAGGAUUCCCGUAGCCAUAUCAGGACAGCGUCACUACCGGUGAAAAAGACGAAGAUGCAACUCCAGGGUCACCUGCGCGUGCGACCGAGUGUCGAGCGGCGCUCCAGUAGCCCACCCAUGACCGCCGGCCUGGUCACCCCGGGCUCCGCGCCGCUUCCGUUUGAGCACAUGAUGCUUGAUCCCGCCUCUGCCAGGCCUUCUUUCGGUGCCUCUCGGUCCAAGUCCACCUUGAACAUACAUACGCACGCUCGACACAGCUCUUCGACGAGCAUUGAUGCCAGCGUUCUCGGUCGAUAUGGCUUUCCAACCUACCGACAGAGCCCAACGCCCCAGCCCAUGUCCGCCAGCUCGACGUGCAUGUCUCGUACCGCCAGCGCCAUGAGCCAUCUCACGCCCAUCUCAAUGCCGGGAGGACAGAUCCAGUCCUACCCCGCUCGAAAACGCACGGCAAGUCCGCCGGCGAAUCCCUCGCGUUUGUCCACGGAGCUUGACUUUGAUCCCCUACUGGAGUAUGGAGAGUCGUCAAUCUUGGAAUAUCUGACAGCGCCCAAUCCCACGCCGUCUCUUACACAGCGCACUGUGGAGAGCAAUCGCGCGCAGAACGCUCACUGCUGGUUCGACGUUCGCAACGUCGCGCCCUGGUCCGACUUCGCAACCUCCACCAUCUCCACCAUUCCUGGCCUCAUCGAUCUCUUGCAGGUCCGAGUCACCACCCGAGACCUGCCAGCACCGGGCAGAGUCAACCUCAUUCCUGAGACUUCUGCUCAGCUGGCCGAUAUGUGCGCCAACUAUCAUGCCGUCAAAGUCAAUGCCGCAUUGAAGCUCGCCCAGGGCGACAAGCACAUGGCGAUGCGCGCACUGAAGUCCACCGCCGGUGCAAAGCCCGAGUUCAUCUCGAGCUACCAGUCGGAGAUCGAACAGACCAUCUACGGCGACGGUCGAGGCCGAGUCGUCGGGAUCGUCAAGUGCUACGACCAGUGCAACUCGGGCAUGCGCAACGGCUCGCCUGGGGACAAGGUGAAAUAUCUCCAGAGUUUGGCACAACUGCAGCGCUUUAUGCGCGAGCACGAAUGUCGGUACGGCUUCAUCAUGACCGAGAUCGAGCUGGUCUGCGUUCGAGCGGGAGGCGUGCCGGACGCUGAUUCGAAUGUCCCGUUGUUUGGAUACAUUGAGGUCGCCGAACCCGUCCGUGUGGCGACGCAUGGCACGGACGAGAACGGCAAUCUCCAAAUGACGGCCGGGUUGGCGCUCUGGUAUCUGCAUAUGCUGGCCAAGGAACAGCCAUUCCCGGGUCAAUAUCACUGGAAGAUGGACGUCGGAACUCCCGCGCAGCUGAGCAGGCAGAAGCACCUGGCGCGCGACUCGUGGAUGCCGAAGCCGAAUUUGUCAGAGACGCGAGAGGCGAAGCGACUGCGGGGAUGGGUGUGGCCGAACGAGGGAUUGAGCAAGCGAGAGUGUGGAAGAGGUAGGCGGGUUCGCAGUGGAAGGUGA